UAAACGUCACAGCCGACAUGUUCUUUUCCUUUUACCACGUUUUAGCAGAAAGUGUGUAAAAAUCAUGAUUAGUCAAGUUUCGAAGAAAAGAAAGUUCGUCGCUAAUGGCGUUUUCAAAGCUGAAUUGAACGAAUUCUUGACUCGUGAAUUAGCUGAGGAUGGCUAUUCCGGCGUUGAGGUCCGUGUUACUCCAACGCGUACUGAGAUCAUCAUCAUGGCUACCCGUACACAAAAUGUCUUGGGAGACAGAGGACGUCGUAUCCGUGAAUUGACUGCCGUCGUGCAAAAGAGAUUCAACUUCCCUCCCGGUACCGUUGAAUUGUACGCCGAAAAGGUUGCUACUCGUGGUUUGUGCGCCAUUGCCCAAGCCGAGUCCUUGCGUUACAAAUUGAUCGGUGGCUUGGCUGUUCGUCGUGCUUGCUAUGGUGUCUUGCGUUUCAUCAUGGAAUCCGGCGCCAAGGGUUGCGAAGUUGUCGUUUCCGGCAAACUCCGUGGUCAACGUGCCAAAUCGAUGAAAUUCGUCGAUGGCUUGAUGAUCCACAGCGGUGACCCAUGCAACGACUACGUCGAUACCGCAACACGUCACGUCUUGUUGCGCCAAGGUGUCUUGGGUAUCAAGGUCAAGAUUAUGUUGCCAUGGGAUCCAAAUGGCAAGAUCGGACCAAAACGCCCAUUGCCCGACAACGUUUCCGUGGUUGAGCCAAAAGAGGAGGAAUAUUUCUCAUCAGUUGUCGAACACAAGCCCUUGACAUUGGAUGACAAACCAGCUGAAGUGCAGGUUGAAUAAGCAAAAAAAAAAUGUGUGAGCAAAAAAAUAAAACACAAAAAAUUUACUAAGGUACCACAUUA